UGGGAGUUCAUGAGCGAUUCACAGCUGGGGCGAGGAGUCGUACGGCACCUGGGUGCUGGAGGCUGCAGAACGUAGGAGUCGCGAUGCGAAGCUCCUCAGCUGGAGCCUAAUCAUGAUGGGCACUAGCACGAAGCCCGUCGUCGAAUCGUUCAGCUUCCACGCGCCGACGCCGUCCGACUGGCCGUCGCUGCCCACCGCCGACGCCACCGCCGCCACAGACUUGAUCCUCUACCCAAAGGAUCUGUCGCCUCCUGUCUACGGUUCGGAACGACGCGUCGAGGAGGCGCGCACCCGCGACAAGGUGUGGCGCCGCCCUGCGACGUCGUCCGGCGGCACGCGCAAGCCGAACUCGCGGCAGAACGCGAGGCCGCGGCGGCCGCCUCCGCGGCCGACGGCGCGCGUCGCCAACGUGACGGACGUGCCGGAGUACGUGCGCGACUACCGGCCGCAGAGCAACGACCACACGCCGCGCGUCACCUACCACACGCUGCCGCCGGACUUUGCCGCCGCGCCGGUGCGCCGCGUCAAGAACUGCUCCGAGGUGCUGUACAAGUACAACCCUAGCGAACACUACAUCAUCGGCUGGAAGAACGUGACGACCGACGACCUGGGCAUACCGCCGAACAAAGGUGCCAACCUGGAGGACUGGACACUGGUCAUGUACGGCACGUCCGGCAGAAGUUGGGACGCUAACAGGCAGGCGCGCGAGGGCACGUGCCUCAUGUACAACAGCGCUGCCGCGGCAUCCCUCGCCUGCAGCAUCCACGUCUUCAUCCUCAUCCUGCUGAUGCUGCGGUGAAGCCUCGAUACCGCGUUGUCGCGAAGCGAUGGAUCGUUGACAUUGUUGCGUGAGGCGUAGGGGAGGGACUGUUGCUGUCGCAGAGUUGCGGUUUUAUGAGUAAUUGUCAUGGCCUCGGUUAGUGAAACAACUAGGGACAACAGAAAUGAGCUAUAAUGUCAUGAUUGUGGGUUCUGUGUGCGCACACGUGUGUGUACCCCUGACGUAAACGCAAGGUAAAUUUCCCGUUAACGUCCAUAGAUGGUGGUGGGCAGUAUAUGGAUAUAGCAGAUCACUUGUAAAUGCGAAGGUAAUCAACUAGUAUUGUAAAUCAUUAAAAUCAAAAUUGAUAGAUUUUGCUCACCAGAUGGGAUCACCAUUCCAAUGACAUUGCGUACACACGCGCGCACACACACACACGCUCACGCACGCACGCACACUCCAAGCACGUUCACCUUGAUCACCUCACGCGCAGCCGUUAUAUGGUGUUAACGUACGAGGUUUGUGAUCAGGCACCAGGGGGCUUUCUGUCUGACCUAGCACAGCGCAGAGUGCCGGAAAGCGAAAAGUGCCAUUGUCUAACCGGUUGUGAAAUGUAGACCAAUGGAGCAAUCCUUGCGGUCAGCCAAUCACAACAAUGCUCUUUACAUCCAGAGACUGCGCUAUUUUCCGCGGGACUGGAUAUGCGCAGGUAACCGACGAGCCCUGAAUUUGGCCGAUAUGUGGCGCCGAUGACCGUUAGGAAACAAUCGCCUAUACAUAAUCUUGCAGUUUAUUUUGCGCCACAUACUGCAUUUACCUGAGUGCUAGUGUGUAGUGUGCUAGGUGUGC